GACCAACAGAAGUCAUUCAAGCCAAUUCACUGCUUACAGCCUUAAAAGAGGUUGUGUUUUUCACUAAUUCUUCUGCCUGCCUAAUGAUGCUUUCAGUAUAGGAUAUUUCCAGUUGUUUUCCCUGUGGCUUAGAAGGUUAAGUUACUUUAAGUUUUGGUUGUUGAAAAUAUGAAGACAUCCUAUCUUUAAGUGCGUUCUUGUUCACUGAUGCGAGCAAGUAUCAGUGCUUGAGCUAUUAGUCAGAGCUAGCAAGUAUCAGUGCUUAAGCUAUUAGUCAGAGCUAGCAAGCCUGCUCUUAUUAACUCUAAACAAAGUAUGGUUCUGCUCUGCUGAUAAUGCAAGAGAGCUAUUCAUGCUUCAGUGAGCAGAUAUUCAAAGACCCAGUCAUCACUGGAAGCCAGGUCAGACAGGCUUACAGCUGCAAUAACAUUGAUUAACUAUGGAUUAUAGUUUCAUCUGUUUGGGAUGCCAGUAUACUGAAUUUUGUUAAAUUAUUUCUUACUAAAGAAGAUCUCAACAACCUUGUUACCUCUCUCAAAUUUUGCAGCACAAUGGCGUCAUUUGGUUAGAUUUUUGAGCUCAAGCUAUUCCAGCUUGUCUAGUACUGCUGCAUCAUAAGGCAGUUCAGGAUUGUGCAGGACUUCUGUAAACAAUGGAUUAAUUAUUGUGUAAUAUUUCUCUGCUGAGUUUCAUGUGUUAUCAGACUUUAUCCAGUAUGUGUUUGUGGAAUGUGAUCACAGGAUAAAAAUGAGAGUUGCUGAUGACCUUGUUUGGAAGCCAGGAAGAUAUUCUUUGUUUGGAUUAUUUCUAUGGGUGGCCAUGUCUUCUGUGUCAGCUGCCCGACCUCUGCGCUAUACUUUACCUACAUUUCUGGAUACACCAGUGAAUAUAACAGCAGUUGUUGGUUCAACUGUAAUUCUACCCUGCACUGUGCAAAAUCUAGGGCCUAAAUCAGUGAUAUGGAAACGUGUGGAUCAGAUCACACCCAUCACAGUUGGCAGCUAUGUGUUUGACCCAGAUAACCGCUACUCUGUAUCUCACAAUGACCAGAACACUGAUGAAACACACAGAUUUGGUCAGGAUAACUCCAGAUGGAACUUACAAAUCCAAAAUGUUAACAUAGAACAUGCAGGGACCUAUGAAUGUCAGAUCAGCACAAAAGAAGAUUUUGCCCGUAAUGUCACUCUGCAUGUCAUUGGUGAGUUAGUGACAUCUGAAGACAAAAAUUCACGUUUGUUGGAGAAAAAAACAGGCAUCAAAUUAACGGGUACAAGUUAUGUAGAGAAAGGGUCAACAAUUGAUCUGAAUUGUACAGCAACUGCUAUUGACUACCGUCCCAAAGGUGUAGAUUGGUUUAAGGAUGGCACUAGGAUCAAAGCCAAUCGUAACACUAUGAUCACAGAGUACUUAGUGAGUGAAACCAACAUCCUCCAUAGUCGCCUGGAGGUGGAGCGUGUAACUAUGGAUGAUGCUGGCACUUAUGUCUGCAGGUUUUCACAGGAACAUGUUGAAAGUGUCAAAGUCAUUGUUUUAAAUA